UUAGGAGUCUCCACGUGACAGCAGCGCUGAGCUUAUAUAGUAAAAGCGGCCCAAGCAUCAGCACCACUAAGCUUCACCUCCUCAUCAGCCGACAGCUACGGAGCCUUUAUGUGCUGCCCAGGCGGAGAAAAGCCACACGUCGACCUCACACACGGCUUCACGAUCACUAACGAGCUUCAGGUGUUCGACAUAACUGUGUGUGUGUGUGUGUGUGUGUGUGUGUGUGUGUGUAUGUGAGUGAGUGAGUGAGUGAGUUGGGGUUUUUUUUGUUGUUGCGGACGACAAAAAUCCCGAGGCACUUUUUCCCCUCGAUCGGCGGAGCAGCACGUGAAGAGCGAGUCCUGUUUCCGAGCGCAGUGUGUGAUGAGCUGUGAAUAACGGAUCCACGCCGGGGUUUGGACUGACAAACUUUCUCCCGGUGAGAGGGAUGCUCUGUGCCCUAACUCAACUUUGGCCUUCUGAAGGAACUUGAUAUUAGUUUUUCAACCGGAUCGGACUUUUUUUUUUUUUCUGUGCUCAUUUUUCUAACUCUUGUUUCUCGCAGGUAGCCUUAUGUCAUCUUGUAUGUAAGCGUGUGUGUGCGCGUGUGUGUGCGUGUGUGUAGCUUAUAUUGAAGGCAUCAUCCUGAUUUAAACGUUUUGCCGAACAUGUCUGCUGGCGAUCUGCGCAACGUUACGACACAACGCGACCACCAGAUAACGUUGAUGUAUUAUAAACUGCUUUGUGUGCGCUAAAUGACUGUUUUGCUGAUGAAUUACGAAUCUUCACCCUCCGCUAUAGGCUGUUCUAUAUCCGCUCAGUCUUGCACUGACUUACAUAAUCUCAUUCUAACUCUUUCCAUAGGGAACGGGAGUGUUCUUCUUCUAGCCUAUGAUUAACCCUGUUUCGUGCACUAUUUAACACGCUUGAUAAAAAAAAAAAAAUGACAUUAGUCGCUGAUGAGAAACUCUUUCCCGUCUGAUAAUCGACACGCUGAAGUAUGGACUUCUAAACUUCCCAAUCAACUCUAGGAACAAUCUGUAGGCAACAUUCAAACCUUAAACACGGACCUUGAGGACUGUGCACGGGAAAGACAACACUUUUGGCACUUCUGACUGAGUCGAGAGAACGCACAGCCGCCCAGAUGCAGUUUCGACUCUUCUCCUUUGCUCUGAUCGUGUUGAACUGCAUGGACUACAGUCACUGUCAGACGCAGGCGCAUCGCUGGAGAAGGAACAAAAGAGCUAGCUAUGUUUAUCCACCCUGCAAAGGCUGCUCAGUGUGUUCGAAGGAUAACGGGUGUAUGACGUGCCAGCCCAAGCUCUUCCUUUUCCUGAGGAGGGAGAGGAUGAGGCAGUACGGCGAGUGUCUCCAUGUUUGCCCCUCUGGCUACUAUGGCACCCGUGGGCCGGAGAUCAACAUGUGCUCAAGAUGUAGGAUAGAUAACUGUGAGACCUGCUUCAGCAAAGAGCAUUGUACAAAGUGCAAGCCUGGAUUUUACUUGCACAAAACCCGCUGCUAUGAGAAGUGUCCAGAGGGCUUUGCUCCACUGGAUGACAGCAUGGAGUGUGGAGAGGGCUGUGAGGUGGGUCAGUGGAGUGAGUGGGGGACGUGCACCAGGAGAAACAAAACAUGUGGCUUCAAGUGGGGAUUGGAGACUCGCACACGACACAUUGUGAAGAAACCACCAAGGGAUACGAUACCGUGCCCUACAAUUGCUGAGUCCAGAAGGUGCAAAAUGCCUAUGCGACACUGCAGGAAAGGGGGAUCGGGGAAGCACAAGCCCAAAGAUCAGAAGAAGAAGUCCAACAAGCAGAGGCUGCGUUUCCGGGCUCAGAACCACCACAGUGACCACCUGGCCUCAUUGAGGGCCAGCCAGUAAAGACUGAGAUUUCCACAUGGAACGAAGAUCAGAAAGCUGCUACCCGCUGCUCAACACACAUUCGUACAUACACACACACACACACACACACACACACACACACACACACACACACACACACACACACACAAACACGAAUGCAGUUCCUCAUAGUCUCUUAAGCUGUACACACACAUUCACACAUGCGCUGUGUAUUCGUACCUCCUGCUGCUUCCAUUGUGCCGGUGCCCCAACGCGUGACCCUUCUCAACAUCAUCGAGCCGUACAGCAGCUGUUGAUACCCAGUCUGAGCUGAAAGAUGAGGAAAACAGAGCUGAACAAGGACUGAAGGAGUCAUGGACUUUAAGGUUGGAGGAUGAGCAAUGAGCAAGUGAGAGAGAGAGAAAGAGAGAGAGAGAGAGAGAGAGAGAGAGAGAGAGAGAGAGAGAGAGAGAGAGAGAGAGAGAGAGCAGGAGGAGAAAUGAUAGAAGGAGGGUGGAUGGAGAGAAUAAUGUGUUGAGAAGAAAGAGACUUGUCUAUAUUUAUGUAAAACAAUGUGCGCAUUGAUGGAGGCAGAGUGUGCCAUGUAAUGCCUUUUUGGUUGUCUCUGUACAUUUUUGAGAGUAAUCCAGUAUAAUGUGUAGUUGCAAAGUAUUUUAUUCUCGGCACAAGAUGUUUACGUCCAGACUGCUUUAUGCUCUAACUGUAUAUUGUGGAUAAUAAAAAUUUAGUUGUUCACCUAGCAUGGCCACAAGCUCAUGUGUACAUAGUUGGUGAGUUUAUCUAAUGAUAUUACUAAAAUAAAACAUUACUGUAUUUUCAGUAUUGAACUCCUUCACCAUUAAAAUGUGUUAGUAAAAGGUUAUAAUACCAGCUACAGAUUUAAGAUAAAAAAAAUAAACAAAAAAUACAUAAAUAAAACUUAGCCUUCACAUAGCUAUUACAUUUAUAUGGUAUAUAUUUGAUUUAUUUAUUGAUUUUGAUUUUGUACUUUUGUUUGUGUUUUCCGUGACAGUUUUGUCUUUGUAUCUGUUACUACUCUGUGCUGAAUUAUUCUUUGAACACUUAUAACAAUACAGAUAUCUCCACCAGUGAAACCCGUUUCUGUCAGAUGUGUCUAAUAACUGUUCUUUAGAAGAACUUUCCAUGCUUUAAGCUUUAAACUGACCCAUAAUAGAGCAGCUGAAAUAUUAUAGGCAAUGGAAUGACAAUGUAUAUAUGAUGUUCUAUUAAAAAUGCAAUUCAUGCCA